CCACACAUGCACUGACACAUCUUCCCCCCUGAAGCCUUUAAUUUACGCCUACAAAUCACCUAACACAGACCAACGCGUCUCUUUCCUCUAUCUCUACACUACGCGCUCGGCUCACCACAUCACCACCCCUCUUCCUUUACUCCGAUCAGUCACCGGCGGUCACUCUCAGUGCCACCCAGUAGCCGAAGAAGACGACGCCACUGAAUGCAUUCCGAGUAAACCACUUUAUAUAUCUGCAACUGGGCAAGGUCUAUGUCGUUUCUUACUUUCGGGUAAUUCCAUUAGUAGUCUCCAGAUCCACAACCCCAACAGAGUACGUGAUCGGGUUUUGUGGAUUGUGCUGUUCACAGAUUCAACCAAUUGUUGACGCUGAACCUUAUGAAGCUUUUGGCUGUUCUGUUAUCUGGGCUAAAUUCACUUUGCUCGUCCUGGUAAUGGGUUGUGUUUAUUCAAGGGCCUGUAUUGGUGAUGUUUGUACACCUAGAGACAGGUUUAAAGGAAAUGAAAAUGCAAGAGAAGCUGAGAUUGGUGUUUUCUCACCUGCUUCUUCAGAUGGGGAAGAAGGGGAAAUUAGAGAUCAAUUGAAUGCACUAAGCGGAACUAGGGAUUCUGAAGUGGGUAUUACUAGACUUUCUAGGGUUUCAGGACAGUUUCUACCUCCUGAUGGGUCGAGAACCAUUAAGGUUCCUUCUGGGAACUACGAAUUGCGAUACUCGUUCCUAUCUCAGAGAGGGUAUUACCCUGAUGCCCUUGAUAAAGCUAACCAAGAUAGUUUUUGCAUUCACACUCCAUUUGGGACAAACCCUGAUGACCAUUUUUUCGGGGUCUUUGAUGGGCAUGGAGAAUUCGGGGCGCAAUGCUCACAGUUUGUCAAGCGGAAGUUGUGUGAAAAUCUGCUUCGAAAUAGUCGAUUUCAUAUGGAUGCUGUCGAGGCAUGUCAUGCUGCUUUCUUGACUACAAAUUCGCAGUUGCAUGCUGAUACUUUGGAUGAUAGCAUGAGUGGAACAACUUCAAUUACGAUAUUGGUUCGGGGUCGAACGCUCUAUAUUGCUAAUUCUGGUGAUUCUAGGGCUGUUAUAGCUGAGAGGAGAGGAAAGGAUAUUGUGGCUGUUGACUUAUCAAUAGAUCAAACUCCAUUUCGAUCUGAUGAACUUGAACGUGUUAAACGAUGUGGAGCAAGAGUUCUCACUUUAGACCAGAUUGAAGGGCUAAAGAACCCAGAUGUACAGUGUUGGGGCACUGAAGAAGGUGAUGAUGGUGAUCCUCCUAGACUAUGGGUACAAAAUGGGAUGUAUCCUGGUACGGCUUUUACAAGAAGUAUAGGUGACUCUGUUGCUGAGACAAUUGGUGUUGUUGCAAACCCUGAAAUUGUUGUUUUGGAGCUCUCGCCAGGUCAUCCUUUCUUUGUGCUUGCCAGUGAUGGGGUGUUCGAGUUCCUCUCUAGCCAAAUGGUGAUUGACAUGGUUGCAAAACAUAAGGAUCCUCGUGAUGCUUGCGCUGCAAUUGUUGCGGAAUCUUAUCGACUUUGGCUACAAUAUGAAACUCGUACAGAUGACAUUACUGUAAUAGUUGUGCAUAUUAAUGGGCUAACUGAUACCACUGUUGAUCAAUCAACAAGUCCUGGUGCACUUUUAAGACCCCCUCUCCCUCAAGUUGUAGAGGUGACAGGAUCAGAGUCUCCUUCUACCAUAAGCUGGAAUUCUAGGAACCAACGUGCAAGGCAUGAUUUAUCACGGGCUCGUCUUCGUGCCAUCGAGAGUUCUUUAGAGAAAGGGCAAAUCUGGGUUGCUCCAUCUUCGGGCCACAGGAAGACCUGGGAAGAGGAAGCACACAUUGAGCGGGCAUUGCAUGAUCAUUUUCUUUUCAGAAAACUAACUGAUUCUCAGUGUCAUGUCUUGUUGGAUUGCAUGCAAAGAGUUGAGGUUCAACCAGGAGACAUUGUGGUGAAACAGGGUGGUGAGGGUGACUGUUUUUAUGUUGUUGGCAGUGGAGAAUUUGAGGUCUUCGCAACACAGGAGGAAAAGAAUGGAGAGGUGCCCAGGGUUUUACAACGAUACACGGCCGAAAAAUUAUCAUCGUUUGGGGAGCUGGCAUUAAUGUAUAAUAAACCACUCCAGGCUUCUGUUCGCGCUGUGACAAAUGGAACUCUUUGGGCCUUGAAAAGAGAAGAUUUUCGUGGAAUUCUUAUGUCGGAGUUUUCAAAUUUGUCAUCACUGAAGGUGCUUCGGUCGGUGGAUCUUCUGUCAAGGUUAACAAUCUUACAGCUGAGUCACAUUGCAGAUUCUCUUUCUGAAGUUUCUUUUUCUGAUGGGCAGACAAUAAUUGAACAGAAUGAGACUCUCAUGGGGUUGUACAUUAUCCAGAAGGGUCAAGUUAGAAUUACUUUCAAUGAAGAAGUAGUUAAUAGUCAUAAUGUCUGCAGCCUUGUACCUGACAGUGAAAAGCAGGAUGAUGAUAUGCAGAACAACAAAGAGCUCUCAGUGGAGAAGGCUGAAGGAAGCUAUUUUGGAGAGUGGAGACUUCUUGGUGAGCAUAUUAGCUCGUUAAAUGCAGUUGCUGUUGGCGAUGUGGUAUGUGCUGUUCUAACGAAGGAAAAGUUUGACUCGGUUGUUGGUCCUUUGGCAAAGCUUUCGCAGGAUGAUCACAAGUCAAGGGACUAUUCUCUCAGUUCUCUGGAGAAAUCUAUCAAAAGUAUUGAUCCUUCAACUCUUGCAAAAAUCAAGCUCUCUGAUUUGGAGUGGAGAAAGUGUUUCUAUUCCACUGACUGCAGUGAGGUCGGGCUUGUACUUCUGAGAGACUCAGAAAAUUUUCUUAGCUUGAAAAGGUUUUCAAAGCAGAAUAUCAAAAGGCUUGGGAAGGAAGCACAAGUUUUAAAAGAGAAGAAACUGAUGAAGAGUUUAAGCCCUUCGGCCAGUGUGCCACAAGUUCUAUGCACCUGUGCUGAUCAAACACAUGCUGGGAUACUGCUAAAUACAAGCCUUGCUUGCCCAGUUGCUUCAAUACUUCAUUUGCCACUUGAUGAACCAUCUGCACGGUUUUGUGCUGCCUCUGUUGUUUCUGCCUUAGAAGAUUUGCACAAGAAUGGUGUUCUAUACAGAGGUGUGUCUCCAGAUGUCCUAAUGUUCGAUCAGACAGGACAUAUACAGCUAGUGGACUUUAGAUUUGGGAAGGAGUUAUGCGGUGAAAGAACAUUUACAAUAUGUGGAAUGGCAGACUCUUUAUCACCUGAGAUAAUCCAGGGAAAAGGCCACGGUCUUCCUGCUGACUGGUGGGCAUUGGGAGUCCUGAUCUAUUUCAUGCUACAAGGUGAAAUGCCAUUUGGGUCAUGGAGAGAAAGUGAGCUUGACACUUUCGCAAAGAUUGUGAGGGGACAGCUUACUCUGCCAGAGACUUUCAGCCCUGAAGCUGUUGAUCUCAUCACCAAGUUUCUUGAAGUUGAUGAAAGCACAAGACUUGGAAGCCAAGGUGCUGACUCUGUGAAAAGUCAUCCAUGGUUUCAUGGCAUUGAUUGGAAAAGGAUCGCGGAUGGUAGCUUUCCUGUUCCUCAUGAGAUAAUUUCUCGUAUAACUCAACAUUUGGAAAAUCAUUCCGACGACCUCACUGCUACUCUACUUUCCCCACCACGUGACUUAGAAGAACUCAAUACUCCAGAAUGGCUUGAAGACUGGUAAAAUAAUACGUCCCUAAGAUGGAUUUUUGAUUCAUAAACCUUUUUGGAGUGGAGUUCUUUCUCCCCUAGCAUGAUUGAUUCAUGGUGCAUUUGAAGUUAUGAGCUUACAAAUUCAAUGGAGAAAGACAAGCCCCUUCUGGGACCUGAUUUUUAUUUGAUAGCCGUGGAGAAGAAAUUUUUCCUUUAAAAGCUUUCACGUACUUGGCCGCGUAGGAAGCUCAACAGAGAGGCUGUGAAUAGAAUUUCUUUUUUAAAAAAUAUUUUUUGUUCUCACCCACUCCUGUAAAUAUGUAUUUUUGUAAAUGAAUGAGCUAUGCCUCUUUUUUUUUUUUUUUCCUUCUAAAAAUGAAAUUCUGGUUCUUUAUCAAUCAUAUGUAAUGGUUGUUGAUGGUGACCAAAUUGAUUUGGUUACUGUAUUUUGUUGUAUUGUUGAUGUCAUAGAUAUACAGCAUUUAUUUGUUAGUUUGGACAUUGAUCAUUAAAUAAAUAAAUAACGUUCAGUAGUUGGGAUUGAAA